AUAUAGCGCAGCAAUCUCCUCAGUCACGUACUUCACAUCCUGCUCCAGCACAGCCAAACACUCAGCAACAUCCUCAGCAAACCCUCCGGUAGCAAUGCCUUCUCGAACCUCAAUAGAGUAUCUGUUGGCGCCCACUGCGGCUACGCCGACACUUUGUAACGAGACGGAGGCUUUUCAAGAAGAUAUCAUCGGACCUCACACCCCGCCCACAGGUGCCAUGUCACCGUCGAUAGAUUUCCAGCGCCAUCAAGCAGACAUGGAUCAGUAUUCUGACACCAGAGGCCAUGCCACGUCGGCGUGCUCGUUAUUAUCGCCUGCAAAGCUGACGUCCUCUGGGCAACCGACCCUCAACGACAUGGUCUCAGUAUAUACGCAGCAGUCUCCAAGCGUCACCUUCUCGAGUAUGACCCUCCAGGAACAGAUGUUCAGCGGUUACUACAAUGCGGGCUCUGGCCUUUCGGCCCAGAUGUGUCCCAUCUGUUUACAUAUUGCAUUCAUGAAUCCUUGUUUUCUACGGUCCAUGUGUGGUCAACAAUACUUCGAGGUCCCUAGCGCAGCAGUCUACGAUCCGGCCUUUCUUCAUGCGUCUCACGAUUGCUACUGUGGAUGGUGUGCUGGAUGCGGAAUCUGUGCGUUCAAGCCAGCAGAGCAUAGCAUACCGAGCGGCUCUUAUACGGAGAGCUCACAUCUCCAAACCGGGUUCACUGAUGGAUACCUGACAAAUGCGGCUGACUCUUCUCACGCUAUCUAUGAUGGGCCGCUCUCCCCAUCGGUUUAUGAUCUUGAUGGCCAACCCAUCUCGCAACAGGGCUUUGUUCUUGGGAACGUCGACGACGGAGGUGCUGUUGGGGAGAACGUUAGACCUACUACUCUUCCAGUAUCGGUCUUUCCCGAGCAGAUAACUGCGUGGAAAGAUUGAGAGGCCCCAUCUUUCUCCUUGAUUUCUUUUCACGUCCGGUCCUGCGCGGCAUUGUAUCAU